GGCGCUUCGAAUUUCAAACUCCCCGCACUUUUUUGGUCGGAAGCGCGCCAAGCAAUACGCGCUGGAGCGAAGGACCCAACGGGGAAGCGCAAAUCGGGCGAGGGUAACUCCGUAGAGACAUCUGCAUCUGAGCGCUAUGACAGAACCCGACUUCAGUUGUCGGAAGAAAUGGCUGGAACAAGACCGAGAAAACAGAAUCAAGCUACAGAAUCUGCGAGACAGCCUCCGCGCGACAAUUGUCCGAGCGGGAAACUUCCCUGCACGAGGAGCCAAGCCAAGACUACUGAGCCCGAAGAGGAUCAACUCCGGCAGUCCCGCCACAAGCGACAAUGCAUUGAGCAGCCAAGGCAGCACGUCGGACGACAAGGAAAACGUCCACGGGCUGCACGGUUCCGUGGACACUCCAUCCAAGAAACGGCGUCUGACGCAGUUUCUUGCUGCAAGUAGACCAAACAAAGCGAGCAUCUCCUUGAAAGAUAUCGUUGCAAGUGCGUCGUUGCCUUCUGACAUGAACGAGGCUUCUACGAAGAGCAUCUCAGAAGCUGUGAACGAAGUCUUGUCCAAGCGACUGAUGGCGCUGGAGGCAACGCUGAAAGAUGUUGUCACUCAAAAUUCUGUCGACAUGACACAUGUAAAGCGCUUGGAAGCGCGCAACGCGGACCUCUUUGCAACCAACACCGCGCUCGAAUCGAGAAAUACUGCGUUAUCGGCGCAGGUGGAGUCGAUGGCAGCGACAUUCCAGGCUACGUUAGCACAGAUUUCAUUAAGGCAGGAACUCCUCGUGAAGGAGCAAACAGAAGCAUUGCGCACCAAAUACGAGGCCCAAAUCUCGGACCUUACGUCCAAGCUAACGACUGUGACGUCCAAGUUCGAUGCGAUUCGAGAAGAUGUCGACUUGAAAUGCAACGAUCGUGCGGGCGUCGACAUCAUGCCGCUGUUGGACAGUCUGGAAGAGCAGCUGUUCCAAGAGGAUGACGGAGAUGUGCUCGAGGAUGCGCGGAGCGUGCUGCUUCCAGCAUUGAAGAAGCGUUUACGCGAGUACGCUGUGUGGGUUAAGACCCACGACGAAGAGCGCCAGUUGCUCCAGUUCUCAAAUCAAGUGUACCUGCAACAGAUCAACGAAUUGCAACAAAAGAACGUGGCCUUGAACGCGGAAGUCGCGGAAGCGCAGCAGCGAGCCGCGUACAUUGUGAGCAAUGCAUCGUCCAGUGCAUUCCAAUCCAUCUUGUCCUCAUCGUCUCACUCGCUGGUAGGAACAAAAUGCAGCGGUGGAGCGGCACGAACUCAUGGACGAGUGCGAACAAACAACAAGCAAAUUUGUAUCGGCGCUUGAGAAGGCAGUCGAGAAAAACAAACAGCUUCACAGAGAACUGGCCGAGGCAAGGGCAAACGCAGCACCCUAACGAAUGGAACAAGAACCGUAACAUGCCCCACGGGACGUCGUCGAGUCCUUUUCUUCCCGUCAGCGAUGUCGAUGGCGUCGCAUCGGUCUCCAUCGCGUCGUCGUCGCGUCAUGGUUCGGACAGGACCCGCGUUCGCCGUUUCAGAGUCGGGCGGUGGUGUCCAUGCAGACGCAUCGAUUCGAUGGAUAACAAACUGGAUGAUAAAAACAUGAUCCAUCUUGAUUUUAAUGACGUCGAGAG